GGCUUGUCAAAUUCAGAACUCCUUUCACCCGUGCUUUAAAUAUCGCGUGGACCACAGAGCAGUAAAAUAGGUACUGUAUAGUUUACAGGGAAUUAGAUCACAACAGAGUACACAGCAGCGGACAGCAGUAGACAUGGAGCUGGUUACUGCACAUAGAAAACACAGUCCAGCAAAGAGGGAUACUGGUGAUCAAUACAGGAGGUUAAAAAUGAAGAUGUCUGAUGAUACUUGCAUCAGUACAAAUGUGGAUGAGAAUAUCUAUGCUAAUAAAAUGGAUGAGGAUGUGUAUGCCAAUGCAGACAUCAUUAAGGCUAAUGAAGCCCCGAAAGGCACCUCCAGUCCCAUGGAACAGACAUCAAGGAGGUCUCAACAUUCAGGAUCUGAGCCUGCAGGGGCACGAUGGUACAGACUGCCCGCAGUGUGUCUUGGGAUGCUGUGUUUGCUCCUCUUGAUGCUCAUCACAGUGCUUUUUGUUUACUAUAAAGGAGCUUUUAAUGAUCUUGAAGAGAAGUCCAACAUGUUAGCAGCAAAGAGAGACCAGCUACAGACAAAUUACAGCUCACUGAAGAUGAACCACAACCAGCUACAGACAAAUUACAGCUCACUGAAGAUGAACCACAACCAGCUACAGACAAAUUAUAGCAUUGUGAAAACAGAGAGAGACCAGCUAGCCAGUGUAGCGCAAAGACCCAGAUGUCCCUCUGGCUGGAUUAGUUUUAAUUUUAAAUGUUAUUACGUGUCUGAUCAACAGAAGACUUGGAUCAACAGCCAGGACAACUGUAGACACAAGGGAGCAGAUCUAUUCAUUAUAAACAGUUUAAAGGAACAGCUGAUAUUCAGUAAAUACCAGAGAGCCUGGAUCGGUCUGACAGACAGUGACCAUGAAGGAACCUGGAAAUGGGUGGAUGGAACACCACUGACCACAAGGCGCAUGCUCCCAAACCUGACCUGACUUGACCUGACCUGCAGCACCCAUUGUAAUGAUCCCCCCACGCAGGCCAGAAACAUCCACAACAGUUCUGUGACCAAUGAUGUUUCUUCUGCUUCUCCUGGUUUUGGUGAGGGUGAAGCCAGCCUCAUCCAUGGAAAUAAACUCAUGGGAGAUUGCAUCCGCAUCCAUUUCCAGCACUUUCUUACAAUGCAUAAUGAUCAAUAUUGCUUAGUUUAGCAUUAUGAAAAUGCUGUAUGUCAUCAGUCUUGUACUUGCGGUCACAUGCUCAUGCCUCAGAUCUUUGAUUCUUUCUGCAUUUCUCUGAAAGGGUCCCUUGUAAAACUGCUUCAUGUUUACUUGGUGUCGUUGAAGUACGUGGGCUGGGCUGCUCAGGCUGUCUUACCUGAUGUGGCUAAAAAUUGUACGAUCAUUUAUGAUGUUGCUUUGAAUUUCUCUUAGCCUAAUUUCAUUAUUUGCUAAAAACUGAACUUAUAAUUGCUACUUCUUGUUCCUCAGUUCGAUUUCUUCCACCACAAUGAACUCAUCUUUAAAUCCUUUGAUAAAAGUGUAAUGUAGAUAUUAGUCAGAUUCUAGUACAGUUGAGUGUAAAAUGCUUGUACCAUAAAAGUAAUAUUCACAGUAUAUUUCAUAUAAUUUUUUGGAUUACAUAUACAGAGUGUGUGCUAUGUGGAUUACAUACCUGUUGUCAAAGAGAUAUGUCUGAACAACAGAGGCAACAGUAAGACAACUCUGUACCCUCUGUCCAGCCUCCAUCAUUGUCAAUCCAUGAUUGGAUGUUUCCCGUACCUGAUCCCCUAAUAAAUCCCCAGUUUCCCCCGAAUUCCGCCUGCUUGCCUGUUUUCUGCCUGCUUGCCUGCCUGUGCGAGCACCCGAUCACCACCGAAACGUGACAGGUAGACUAUGUGUUUAGAAUUUUGCUAACAUGAGCGUACAUUUUGAAGUGUCUGUCUUUGAGUGUCAGCUUUUAAAGUUGGGCUUUACAUUUGAUUGUACUAUGUUAGCAACUGAAAAAAACUUUAAUUGUUAGUCAGGUUGAUGUAUAAUUAUGCUGCUGUACAUUCUCAUGUUUUCUGGGACAAUCCUUUACGAAUGGAACCAAGUUUACGAUAAACUGGUUUCUCUACUUAGUAACACUUUACUUAAAUCAGACAUAUAAAUGCAUUAUAGAUACAUUCAUAAUGCAUUGUAAUGUAUUCAUGAAGUAUUAUAAACACGGCUAUAAAUAUUUCUAAAAAGGUAUAACACAUUAUAGCUGUCAUGCCCGGCUCGUACGAUCCUCGUGUGUGCCACGCCCCCUUGAUUAUCCACGUGUGCUUCCCCAAUCGUACCCAGCUCUUCCUUGUUAUUUCGCAUUGUCUUGUCUAUUUCAGUCCAUGUCUUGCCCUGGUUUUUGUCCGUCAUUGAUGUUAGUCAAUGUCUGAUGUUCCCUCGCUGUCUGCCCCAGCGCUGUCUGAGAAUUGAAUUGGCCUUGUGUGUUGUCAUCAGUAUAUUCAUAUAUUUAGUCCUAAUCAUAUUUCAAAAAGAAAAUGAAGGCCUAUAUAUAUUAUGUGAUGAAAUACAUUAAUCAUAUGUGUUUUUGUAAACCAUGCAUUACAGUAUAUAUGCUAUUAUUGAGGAAAAUCUAUGAUAUGCAAUACUCUUAAAGUAGCCUACCCAUACUAAUAAAACCAAAAAUAGCAUGGUUUUUGACAAUGGGGUAUCGUAACAAAAAUAUUAAAACCAAUCUUUUCAUGGAUAAGGAAGCAUAACAUGAUAACCAAGAGGUAAGAAAUAAAUUUGAUGAUAAAUUGUUUUGAGGAUAUUUUAUGGCUGAUUUAAGACAUGGGUCGGCGCCGACCCAUCUAACAUAAGAGAUAGGAACAGAAAGCUAACACAGGCCGAAGGUUAAGCAUGUUAAAUGAAAGUCAUCGAGAUAAUUACCUAUAAUGACCCGGCUCGUCCGAUCCUUGUGUGUGCCACGCCCCCUGAUUAUCCACUUGUGCUUCCCCGAUCUUGCCCAGCUGUGUCCUAUUAUUUUCGCCAAGUCUUGUCUAUUUGAGUCCACAUCUUGCCUUGCCUUUCGUCCGUCAUUGAUGUUAGGUAUUGUCAGUGAUGUCCUGUUCUACCCGUAGUCUUCCUUCCUUUAAUAAAUCCCCAGUUUUCCUCACGUUUUGCCUCCCUGCCUUGUCCUUCCCUGCAUCCUUCCUUCCCGCCUGCCUGUCGCUCCUUCGCGAACCUGACAAUGUGAAAACGUUUCACCUGUUUAAUAGACCUCUCGAUAAAAAGGUAAGGUUCAUUUAAAACAAAGGCAAAUUGUUGACUAGUGGGGAAACUCUGCCUUUUGGGUACUGACAUCUACAGCUACUAUUAUGCCUAUCCUAAACUCGAUGUUGAAAUGUUUUCAGACGUAACAUGUACAUGUGUUUUAUUUUUCGACCAUGUUUCAAACUGUUUUUAAAAUGCAUGAUGUACAAAUUGUAUGCAUUUAUCAAAUUGUUUUUUUUUUGUUGUUAAUGUAACUCGAACAUGGUUUAUUUUACCUUCAAAAGUAUGGUUGUAAGGUGAGGUUGUAAUGUAAGGUGAUACAUAUGAAAUGUUUAUAGUUCCUUCUGCAUAGUGUGAGGCAAAUCUCAAGAUAGAAGUUCUAUUAAUUUAUGUGAUAGACUUCAUGAUUCAAAUUAAAUUAAACUUCAGGCUCAUUAUUAUAUGUAAUUUAAAAUACAGUGGAAUCCGCGUAAAGUGAUCAUGUCUGUCUGGGUGAAAUUGAUCACUAUAUGCAGAUGAUCAUUAUAACCUUUUUUUCAUUUUUCUUUAGGUCUCAGGCAGAUUACCAUCUAAUUCACAUUUGUAUAUUUAUUACUUGAAUAUAAGGUAAUAAAAUGUUACAGCAUUGCUGUUUACAGAA